AUUCAAAUUAAGUAAACCUUGAACUGCCAACGUGUUAUGAAGCUCACAUGUUGUUGAUAAAUUGCAGUUAGUAAACAGUUUAAAAUGGUUAAGGCAAAGGUUUUUGUUUAUGCAAAUAGAUUUGAUGGUUUUCCAAAAGAAAGUGACAUUCAAUUGGUUGAAGAGGAAUUACCACCUUUGAAAGACGGAGAGUUCUUGGCCGAAGCCGAAUAUCUAAGUGUAGACCCAUAUAUGAGGGGUUAUGCACCUGCAUUAAAGUUAGGUACUACAUUUAUUGGAGGCCAAAUUGCCAAAGUAAUUGAAAGCAAAAAUGCCAACUUUCCUGUGGAUAAGUACGUAUUUGGAUCGUUUGGAUGGCGGUCACAUACAAUAUCCAAUGCUUCUUCUCUUUCAAAGGGUAGGGUAGAUAUACCACCUCAUGUUCUCCCAGAUUUUAAGGGUCUUUCUCCAUCUUUGGGGCUCGGUGUUCUUGGUAUGCCUGGAAAUACAGCCUAUUUUGGCUUCCUAGAGUUAUGUCAACCAAAACCUGGAAAUACAGUGGUUAUAACUGGAGCAGCAGGGGCUGUAGGUACCCAUGUAGGGCAAAUUGCGAAGCUGAAAGACUGCAAAGUUAUAGGGAUUGCCGGCUCUGACGAUAAAGGAAAGUGGUUGAAAGAAGAACUUAACUUUGAUCACUUUAUUAAUUAUAAAACUGAAAACAUUAGGGAAUCAUUAAAAGAAGUUGCUCCAAAAGGAGUAGACUGCUAUUUUGAUAAUGUAGGAGGAGAAAUAAGCAGCACCAUUUUGGGUCAAAUGAAUCGAUUUGGCAGAAUAUCUGUUUGUGGAGCAAUUUCAGCCUAUAAUGACAAUAAACCCACCAAAGCUAGUAUAGUACAAGGACAUAUGGCCCUUAAAGAACUAAAAAUGGAAGGGUUUAUUGUCACAAGAUGGGCUGAUAGAUGGAUGGAAGGUAUUAACCAAAAUAUGCAGUGGGUCCAAGAAGGAAAAAUUAAAUAUCGAGAGACAAUUACUGAUGGUUUUGAAAAUAUGUUUAAGGCAUUUACUGAUAUGCUAAAGGGUGUUAAUUAUGGAAAAGCAAUUGUAAGAGCCAAGGCUUUAGUGAAGUAAAGAAGCGAAAUAUAGUUUUUACAGAAAAA